AUGAGUGCAGCGACAUACGCAGACCCCUCCCUCUCACGCGAAGCUCAGGGUUCUGACUUUGACUUGAUUAUUCGCCAGCAGCCCAAUCGGGCCCGCGUGGCGGGGGGCAAGGAGAAAGAGCGCAAACCCGUCGAUCCGCCCCCGAUCGUCCAACUCCGGGUGCGUGAGGAGGGCACCUACCUUGCGCAGCACUACCUGCAAAGCCCUUACUAUUUCAUGUGCUGCAGUCUAUACGAUGCAACGGAAGAUCGUCCUGUACCCGUCGCACCGUCGACUGCACUAGCAGGAACCCUGGUUUCGUCUCUUCACCGGUUGAAGGAUGUGGACAACAGCGAGGGAGGGUUCUUUGUCUUCGGCGACCUCUCGGUGAAGAUUGAGGGCGACUUUCGUCUCAAGUUUACCUUGUUCGAGAUGCGCAAGGAACAAGUCUGCUACCUGAAGACCAUUAUUUCAGAGCGGUUCACAGUGUCCCCUCCCAAGAGCUUUCCUGGAAUGAUGGAGUCGACAUUCCUGUCCCGGUCAUUUGCGGACCAAGGAGUGAAACUGCGCAUUCGCAAGGAGCCUCGGACCACAUUAUCGCUAAAACGCACGAGUCGACCGGAAGAGUUCCAUCAACCAGUCCCUACUCGAUCCCCAGAGCGUCAGUCGGUUCCGAUUCCUCCAGCGUCUAGCUACGGAGGCUACCCGCCGGCUGCUCGGGAGUAUGCGUACUACGGUCAGCAGCCGCCAAUCAAGCGCCAUCGUACUUCGAUCGACUAUGGCAGACAGCCGCAGGGCAUUUAUGAUACGGAUAGCCGGAUGGCUCGCCAGAUGGAUCCUUAUGGCCAGCCAACAGCUGCCAUGUAUGCCGGCCAGCCAGGAACCUACCAAACCCCUGCGAUGCAGCCAUAUGCAGCCGGACAGGUGGUGGCUGAUUAUUCUGCGAUGUACCCGGGCAUGCAAUCUGCGACCCCUAUGUCCCAGAUCCCAGAUCCGUCCGGCCAAAGCCGAUCCAGUCAGCAGCAACAGCAGCAGGCUGCCGUUGGACAACUAAUGGCGAUGAAUCAGCCUGGCACCCCUACCCCGGAUUCGACUGGCACGAUGAUGAUGCAGGGUUAUGCCCGGUCCGGAUUACCUGCUACUUCGACGAUACUUCCUCCUUUACAACGAGAUCGCGAUUAUCCCCAGGGAACAAAUGGGGCUGCGCGAGCUUAUUAUGAGCAGGCCCCUCAGGCGAAUACCCCUAUUCUUCCAUCUCAAAUGGUCAAGUACGAAGGCGAUCGAUAUGGCUCCGUGGCCGGCCCAACAGCCUUUGAUCACCCUGGAUCUGCGAGUGGAACGCCUCAAUAG